AUGUCAACUAGAAUUUUCUGCUGUACAUGCUUAGGAGAUGCAGUUCCGGGGAGAAGUGGGUCAGUUGGAUUAGAGAUUGUGUUUGUAAAAGCUCAAUGGAUAUCAAGGAUUUUGGCAAAGUCUAAGGUGGAUGGUUCCUUUAAGGGAUUUCGUGUUAGUAAUAGUCUUUCAUUUGAGUUGCUGCAAUUUUUUGUGGACGAUACGGUUAUCGUAGAUGAGGGAUGUUGGAGUAAUCUCUGGUGCAUCAAAGCUAUUUUGAGGGGCUUUGAGCUUGUUUCAGGUUUACAAGUGAAUUUGUCAAAAAGCAGUCUAAUGGGCGUUCAUGUGGAAGAGUCGUUUAUGCAGACGGCAUCAGACUUUUUGUGUUGUAAAGUUGAUAAAAUCCCUUUUCCUUUUCUUGGAAUCCAGCUGGAGUGUAAUCAGAGACAACGAUCGACGUGGGCAGGGGUGGUAAACAAGAUGAGAAGAAGGUUAUCGUCGUGGAAAUGCAGGUGUUUGUCGAUUGGAGGAAGAAUCACUCUAAUCAAUUUUGUUCUUAACGCAAUACCAGUGUACUAUUUGUCGUUUUACAAAAUUUCAAAGGUGGUGCUGGCUGAAAUGGUGAAGUUGCAGAGGGAGUUUUGUGGUGCGGGGGGAUGGAUCGGAGAUGCAUAUCUUGGCUUAGUUGGGCUGAGGUACGGUCCCUUGGAGGAUUCUGUUUUUAAUGGAAAGGAGUAUUCGAAAAGUGGCAAGAGCUCGUUAUGGUGGAAGGAUUUGAGGUGUUUGGGAAUCUCGACGGAUUCACCGGUAGACUGGUUUCCAAAGGGCAUAUCUUGUAAGGUGGCUGCGGAAAGGAGGGUUCUCUUUUGGAAAAGCAAGUGGUGCGGAGGGGAGAUGCUGCAGUUCGUGUAUCCAUUUCUUUUCAACUUAUCGUCUAAUCAAAAUGCUUCUGUUUUUGACAUGGGGUGUAUGGUUGUCGGUUGUUGGCAGUGGCGGUUUUUAGAUGUGUUUGUAGGUGUAGAUGCGGAUGCCUAA